GGGGCCGCUCCCCCCCACCAAGCUGUAUUUCUAAACAAUCUUAUACUGUUAAAAACAAAAUUAUUGCUCAUUGGUUAUACCUUAUGGCUUAUGCCUUACACCCAUUUCGAAUAUUUCCCAUUUGUUUUUGAUAUCACAAAAUAUUAAACCACGUUAAAUUUUAAUUUUUAAUAGUGUUCAUGACAAAUUGUCAUGAUAGUGUUUACUGCUUACAUUUUGUAGUUUGUAUACAUAUUACAGUUUCUUUUCAAUUUUGAACGACACGUAGAAACUAGAAGCCAGACAUAUGUCCAGAUGGUGCAGCCCAGAGCUGUAUGUCGUAUGACGUUGCCAAAGACAAACAUUAUAUAAAUUAUUUAUUAGUGAUCUAGUACAACUGAUAGGUACCUGAUAAGGUUUAUUAUGUCAUUUAGAUGUUACAUAAAUUAAAAAAUAAAAUAAAUAACAUCUAUUUUCCAUCGACUCAUCGAUCAUUCAAGUCCCUUCACCAAUUGUGGGAUCUGGAUUCGUGUAUUAUCAAUUGAUUACUAUUUGAAAAGUCGUAAUACUCGACAUUAAUUUUGUCUUGUGAUGGAUUCCGCUGAUGAGUUUACAAAUGACGACGAAAUUGAAAAAAGGGUUAGAACCCUUUGGGUGGGUAAUCUUCAUCCGAAAGUGUCCAGCCGAGAUAUAGCUGAACUGUUUUAUCAGGUGGGGCCAAUUGAAUAUGUAGAUUUUGCGUUUGACGGACAUGAAAUACGUGAAAACUUUGCUUUGGUUGUAUUCAAAUAUUCAAGUUCUGUGGAAGAUAGUAUAAAGUUGUUUCAAGGUACUGAGCUAUAUGAGCUGCCGAUAAUAACAAAAAAUUACUCUAAACACUUUGAAGAUCCAGUUUUUAAUGAUCAACUUGACUAUUUCAAACAACUAAUUAAAGUCGAACGAAAUUGUCAAACAAACAAUAGUCCUACUGAAAGUAAAUGGAUUAAUCAAAGUUUAGAUGAGAAAAACAUAAUUCCAGAUACUCUGCCUGAACCUCCUAUGCAUGAAGUAUAUAAAAAUCAAGAUAAUUAUGAUCGUAGAUCAGAUAAUGUGACUAGAUGUAGAUCUAAGGAUAAUUCAACUAAAUAUAGACAUAAUGCCCCUCAUACCAAACAUCAUAACUCAGCAAACAGUGGGGAACAUUAUCCAACCGAUAAAUCUCACCAUAGUCAUAAACAUUAUAAGAAGUCUGAACACAACAGCAGCUCUGGUUCAAUGGAAGUGUUUAAUUAUGAUCAGAAUUCACAUCAUAAUCAAAAUACUGAUCGUAGACACCAUGAUAAUGUUAAGACAUCAUUUAAUCGGAAAGAAAGAACAUAUCAUAAUCAGGAACCUUUGUUUGCACAUGAAAAAAAUGGCGCUAAAGAUAAUAUGCUAGUACGUGAUCUAAGAGAUACUAUGUUAAGGAAACGUAGUCGCUUGGAUUCUAAUUUUCAUAUUGAUGCAAAUGCUAAUGCUGGUUGUACGUCACUAUUAGAUCUCAGGGAUACUAUGUAUGGUCAUAAAAGCAAUAGAUAUGAAGAUCAAGGACAACAAUAUUAUGAAUCAGAUUCUAAUAACCGGUGGUCAGAACAAAAUCAGAACACACACGGCAGUAGUAGUUUCUUAAAUAGAGAAUCUCGUAAAAAUAACUUCAACUCUAAGCGUUACAGUGAAUCAAAUACUAAACAUCAAAAUCAUUAUGCUGAUCGAAGUUAUAACCAAGAUAAAUCACACAAUGAUUUUCAAGAUUAUGACAGUGAAUUUCCAAAUAAUUAUAAUGACAGUUAUAGACGAGAGAAAAAUAGGCCCAUAAAUCAUAAGUACAAUAAUCCUCAGAAUAUAGAAUCCAGCAGUCGUCAGCAUAAUUCUUAUCAUCCUUACAAACGUAACAAUGAAGGUCAAGAUAGAAAAGAUUACAAAAAUUUGUAUAAUGAACAAAGUAGUCAAAAUCGUGGUAGAAGUUAUAAUAGAGGGGGUUCUGACCGAUCAAGGCAUAGUUAUUAUUCAUAAAAUUGAUAAUUAGUUAAUGUUGUUUUUAAUAUAAACUCAUUAUUGUACAGUCUUAAAAAUAACUAUUUGAUAAGCACAGUUUUUUUUUAAUUGAAACUACAUUAAUUAAUUAUUUUUAUAUUUAUUAAUAUAAUUUAUUAGUGCUUAAAUAUAUCUGUUAGAAAAAGAUCUCUGAACAGAUUUAUUAUUGUUUAAUUUCCAUUUAAAUAUAUGCAUUUUACACAUUAUUAUUUAGUAAAAAUUUAAAAUUUAAAGUACAAAAUGAAUUACAACGUUAAGACAUAAAUGUUACAGUUCUUACUUUAAUUUUAGUAGUAAUAAAAAAAAAUCCGUAGAAUAUAUAGUUUUAAGUAUUAUUUUUGAAAUAUACUUCUAUAAAAUACAUACAUAACAAUUUGUAUAAUAUUGUUUAAUUAAAUAUCUUAUAAUUUAAUAUAAUUUAUAAAAAUUUCUUUGUCAAGGUUAGGUUUGGCUAAUAUUGGUCAUAUAAGAAAACUUUCAUCUUAAAUAUAAUUAUAUUUAUAAAUUUAGACAUUUUGUUGAAAUGCUAGAAACUUUAAGAGGAUGUCAACGCACUAUUUGUUUUCGCUCUCUGGCCCAUGCGUUACAUAGACAAAACACAUUUACGCUGAAUAAUUUUUUCUGUCUUUUUAUUUUUUAAGUAAUCUUAGAGUAAUUCAGAGUAAUUUUCAAAGAUAACUUAAAACCAUAGAAAUAAUGAUUCUGCGCAAAUGCGUUUUGUCUAUGUUGCGUAUGGGUCAGUGAGAGAAAACAAAUGGGGUGCUGACAUCCUCUUAAACUUUAUUAUUUCUCUUGGUAAAUUAUAGAUUUGUUCGAUGAGAAUUUUUUGAAUAACUACCUACUAAAAUCCUUCAUCUGAAAUAUUUUUUUUAUCAUAAAUAUAGCUAAGGCUUUGAGAUAUUUAAAAUGUUUAUACUAAGUUACUUUUAUCAAAUUAGAAUUUUUAUCGAAUUAUUUGGUUCUUAUCGUUUAUGCGACUAAAGACACACUACAGGUUAUCACCGCAUUAUAUCAUUUUAAGACAAUUUAGUAAUGCAUAAGACAAAAUAAUAUAAGUGGGUCUGCACAAUAAAACUUGAAAUUUAAAGAAUAUACCUACAUACAAUUCCCUGGAUAUGCAUUGAUUGGUAUACCCAAAAUAUCUGUUACCUAAAUAUAAUUUAAUUUCAUGGCCUACUUCUCUUUAAUAAAUUCUAUGGUCAAUAAUCUGGAAAAGCUAUACCAAUUUGUAUUUUAUGGUAAAAUUCCAGAUAAUGUCUAGUAGACUUAAAUAAUAAAAACAUGUUUAUUUAUGUUAGUAAAAUACACCACAAAAUGUCUAAAAUUAAUAUAAUGCAGUGCUGACCUGUUGAAAUUGGUAAGUAGCAAAUAUUUGAUAAAUAAUAUUGUAUAAAAAUUAAUUGCGGAAUAAAAGUCCUCGGGAAAAGAAACCCUCGAUGAAUAAUCACGAAUAAAAAUCUGACUACAAUAUUACUCACAACUACAUGAACAUGAAUUGAGUAAAUAUUUUUUUAUAUGCUAAUUACAAAUGUAUAGGUAGGUAUACUUAUAAUUUAAUGAAUAUUAUAGUAGAACCCUGAUAAGUUGAAAAUCUUAUUACGUCAAAAUAAAUACCGAUCCCUUGCCUUAUCUUUUUUUUUUAGUUUUGAAC